AGGGCUGCGCGCCGAGCCCCGCGAACACCCCCGGAGGCGCCGGUCUACGGAAAGCCACGAACGCCCGGGACGCCCGCGAGCUCGCCGCCUCGGGAGUUUCCGGAAGCGGCCGGAGGCGACCCCGCCGCCCGUCGUCCGCGAUCCGGAAAGAGCCGAGCCGUUCGCCGCCCGCCCGAGUGGGCGGGGCCGCCGGCGGGCGGGGCGGAGCCGCGGGCGGGCGGGGCCGGCAGAGGCGGCGGGGCGCCGGGGCGGCCGGAAGUAGCCGAGGCGCGCGGCGGAAGUAGCCGAAUCUGCCGGAGCGGGCGGGCGGCGAGGCGAGGCGAGGCGAGAGCGCACAGGGCCCCGCGCGGCCGCCGCAACAUGUCGGACUUCGACGAAUUCGAGCGGCAGCUCAACGAGAACAAGCAAGAGCGGGACAAGGAGAACCGGCACCGCAAGCGAAGCCACAGCCGCUCCCGCAGCCGGGACCGCAAGCGCCGGAGCCGCAGCCGCGACCGCCGGAACCGCGACCAGCGCAGCGCCUCCCGGGACCGGCGGCGGCGGAGCAAGCCCUUGGCCAGAGGCGCCAAAGAGGAGCAUGGUGGACUGAUACGCUCCCCCCGCCACGAGAAGAAGAAGAAGGCCCGAAAGUACUGGGACGUGCCGCCCCCGGGCUUCGAGCACAUCACCCCCAUGCAGUACAAGGCCAUGCAAGCUGCUGGUCAGAUUCCGGCCACGGCCCUCCUCCCCACCAUGACUCCUGACGGUCUGGCCGUGACCCCGACGCCGGUGCCCGUGGUCGGCAGCCAGAUGACCAGGCAGGCCCGGCGCCUCUACGUGGGCAACAUCCCUUUUGGCAUCACUGAGGAAGCCAUGAUGGACUUCUUCAACGCUCAGAUGCGCCUGGGAGGGCUGACCCAGGCCCCCGGGAACCCCGUCUUGGCUGUGCAGAUUAACCAGGACAAGAACUUUGCCUUCUUAGAGUUCCGCUCAGUGGACGAGACGACCCAGGCCAUGGCCUUCGACGGCAUCAUCUUCCAGGGCCAGUCGCUGAAGAUCCGCAGGCCUCACGACUACCAGCCCCUGCCUGGCAUGUCGGAGAAUCCCUCCGUCUACGUGCCCGGAGUUGUGUCCACGGUGGUCCCUGACUCUGCCCACAAGCUGUUCAUCGGGGGCUUACCCAACUACCUGAACGACGACCAGGUCAAAGAGCUGCUCACGUCCUUCGGGCCCCUCAAGGCCUUCAACCUGGUCAAGGACAGUGCCACGGGGCUCUCCAAGGGCUACGCCUUCUGUGAGUACGUGGACAUCAACGUCACAGACCAGGCCAUCGCCGGGCUGAACGGGAUGCAGCUGGGAGAUAAGAAGCUGCUCGUGCAAAGGGCAAGUGUGGGAGCCAAGAAUGCCACGCUGGUGAGCCCCCUGAGCACCAUCAACCAGACGCCGGUGACGCUGCAGGUGCCGGGCCUGAUGAGCUCGCAGGUGCAGAUGGGCGGCCACCCGACCGAGGUGCUGUGCCUCAUGAACAUGGUGCUGCCGGAGGAGCUGCUGGACGACGAGGAGUACGAGGAGAUCGUGGAGGACGUGCGCGACGAGUGCGGCAAGUACGGCGUCGUCAAGUCCAUCGAGAUCCCCCGGCCCGUGGACGGCGUGGAGGUGCCCGGCUGCGGGAAGAUCUUCGUGGAGUUCACGUCCGUGUUCGACUGCCAGAAGGCCAUGCAGGGCCUGACGGGUCGCAAGUUCGCCAACAGAGUGGUUGUCACCAAGUACUGUGACCCCGACUCGUACCACCGCAGGGACUUCUGGUAGAGGGUGGGGAGGGCGGGGCAGGGCCGGCCGGGGCUUCUCCCCUCCCGCCCUCGCCCCACGACCCUCCGAAGAAGCAGCAGCAGCGAGCAGCAGAGUGAGAAGCAGCGAAGAAGCGAGCAGAGCAGAGCGACGCGACGGGCCGCGAUGGCGGGGCGGGGCGGGGCGGGGCGGGGCGGCAAGUGUGCGGGGCCCCGCUGUCGCCUUCGGCGCUCACGGCUCGGGUGGGGGGGUCGGCGGGGCGGGGAGGGCCGCGAGCUGGCAGGGUAGGACCCCGCGCCCCACCGCCCGUCCGGAGGCCGCCCCGCCCCGCCCGGCCCCGCCCCCACCGUAGAAACCGCGUGUUUAUAUUUUCUGGCCAAACAAGCGACUGGGAGUUCUGUUCGCCCGCCCGCCCGGUGCCCCGGGGACCCCGCCCGCCCGCCCGCCCGCCCCACCUUCUUACUUAGUUGGCCGUCCCUUAGCCCCCGUCCCGCCGGCCCCUCCUCUGUGGCAGUUUCAUAUUUGCUAAGACGAAUUUGCUCAUUAAACAUUUUGUUGUAUUUUA